AUGUAUCUUAUUGGAAUUGAAUUUAAGUUGGAUACGGAUCAUAAACCGCUAGAAGUUAUAUACCAUCCCAAAGCGAAGCCAUCUGCGCAGAUUGAACGAUGGGCUCUCCGGUUACAACAGUACCAAUUUAAACUACGACACCGACCCGGUAAAACCAAUCCAGCUGAUGUACUAUCCCGUAAACCUUUGUCAACACUCGAAAAGAACAGCAUUGCAGAAGAUUAUGUAAAUUUUCUAACCGACCAUCUAGUGCCUAAAUCUAUGAACAGGCAGGAAAUUGAGGAAGCGUGUCAGAAGGAUGCUGAAAUGCAAGCUCUUAUAACGGCUAUUAGAAAAAACCGCUGGCCACGAAAACCAGCUAGUAACACUAACAACAAUAAGAACGAUAAUAACAUCGAUCUAACGCCAUAUCACAGUAUUUGUAACGAACAAACAAUUUCAGAUAACGGUAUCGUACUACGAGGAAACCGACUUGUUAUGCCCAAGAAACUACGAAGCCACACAUUAAAUAUUGCACAUGCGCAACACCAGGGUAUCGUGAAAACUAAAACCUUACUUCGAACAAAAGUAUGGUGGCCGGGAAUAGAUCGCCAGGUUGAAACGCUUAUCGCUUCCUGUAUACACUGUCAAGCUGCAAACAAUUCCAAAAUAUUUGAACCGCUGAAAAUGACCACAAUGCCAUCCAAACCAUGGCAAGUGAUUCAUGGGGAUUUUUGUGGACCAUUCCCCAGUGGGGAUUAUCUUUUAGUGUUAAUGGAUGAACAUUCCCGAUUUCCUGAAGUUGAAAUCAUUCGAUCAACUACAACCGCGGUCACUAUUGGAAAGCUCGAGAAAAUAUUUUCGGUUCAUGGAUUCCCAAUUGAAUUUGUUAGCGAUAAUGAUCCACCUUUUAACGGACAUGAAUUCCACAACUAUUUAGCACGAAAUGGAAUCAAACAUCGAAAGAUUACGCCAUACUGGCCGCAGGCCAAUGCACACGUAGAACGGUUUAUGAGGACUAUUGAAAAAUCAGUUAGAAUUGCUCACUCACAAGGAAAGAAUUGGAAAACGGAACUUUAUCGUUUUCUCCUAGAUUACCGCACAACACCACAUGUUACUACAGGAAUUGCACCGGCAGAUCUACUAUUCAACCGACAAAUACGUAACAGACUUCCAGAUAGCAACGCGAUGAUCCAAGAAGGGAAAGGGGGAAAUCAGGGUAAAACGUCUCCAACUACAAGUCGUGAAGCUGUACUUCAACGCGAUGCCAGGGAGAAAAACAAAAUCAAGGAUCGGGCAGAUAUACGAAACAGAGCUAAAGAACCCCAAUUCCGUAUCGGAGAUUUGGUAUUGUUGAAACAAAGUCAAAGAAAUAAGUUAUAUUUACCUUGGGAUCCAUCACCAUAUCGCGUAACGAGUAUAAAAGGAUCACAAAUCACGGCCAAACGCCGAGGGGUUACGGUCACACGAAAUUCGUCACAUUUCAAGCGUGUAAUUCCUUACUUGCAAGAAGUGGACGAUCCAUAUUCAAACAGUAGUGAAGAAGAAGAGGAAGAAAUGGCAGCCCAGCAACAACAGGAAGAUCCAGAGAAUGAUAUCGCAAGUGAGUUAUCAGACGAAGAUAUUGAUAAUGCAGAGCAAGACCAGCCGUUAAAUCGAUAUCCAAGGAGAGAAAAUCGAGACAUUCGACCACAAUAUUAUGAAGAAGAAAUCGGUUGA